ACAAACGAUCCCCAGAUGAAGUAAGCUCUCCAGUAGUAUUUACCAACUACCACUUCCUUUGACAAGGUCAUGACAGACAUUCACGAGACUCAAAAGGGAGCUCUUAAAGAAAUUCAGGCUUUCAUUCGUUCUCGAACAAGUUACGAUGUUUUGCCUACUUCAUUUCGUCUGAUUGUUUUCGAUGUUACGCUGUUUGUAAAAACAUCAUUGUCGCUCCUUGCUUUAAACAACAUUGUCAGUGCUCCGUUGUGGGAUAGCGAAGCAAAUAGAUUUGCUGGUCUGUUAACUAUGGCAGACUUUGUUAAUGUUAUUAAAUACUACUAUCAAAGUAGCUCUGUUCCGGAAGCCUUGGCUGAAAUCGAUAAAUUCCGUCUUUUGGGACUUCGCGAAGUUGAACGGAAAAUUGGUGCUAUUCCUCCUGAAACCCUUUACGUUCAUCCGAUGCAUAGUUUAAUGGAAGCAUGUCUAGCUAUGUCCAAGAGCCGUGCAAGACGUGUGCCAUUGAUUGAUGUUGAUGGCGAGACAGGAAGUGAAAUGAUUGUUUCUGUCUUGACUCAAUACAGAAUUUUGAAAUUCAUCUCCAUGAAUUGCAAAGAAACAUCCAUGCUCCGGGUGCCACUCAACGAAUUACGAAUCGGGACUUGGUCAAAUCUUGCUACAAGUACGAUGGAUACGAAGGUUUACGCAGUAAUUAAAACUCUUGCAGAGCAAGCUAUCUCUGCUGUCCCAAUAGUUAAUGAUGAGGGGAUCCUAAUAAAUGUUUAUGAAUCUGUUGAUGUUAUGCAUUUAAUUCAAGACGGCGACUAUAAUAAUUUAGAUCUAACUGUGGGAGAGGCACUUUUAAGAAGACCAUCGAAUUUUGCAGGUGUACAUACUUGUCGCGAUACUGAUCACCUUGAUGGUAUUUUUGAUGCUAUAAAACAUUCUAGAGUGCAUCGACUUUUUGUUGUCAGUGAGGAUUUUCACCUUAAAGGUAUUUUAUCCCUUUCUGAUAUACUUAAUUAUAUUGUGAAUGAUCAACUUUAAAGAGUAUACCAUCGAAUGUUAUUUCUAUUAAUUUGUUGAAAUUGCCUCAUCUAUUUGAACAAAAAAAUAAAUAUAUACUAUGUAUUUAUUUUCCAAUCCUUUGUACUUCAUAUUUCACUUGAUGCUACCGUUUUACAUGCCGUUUAUCUUUUAAUAACUAGGGCGCUAUUUUCGAGAUCAUUUUAGCCUGUUCUCUCUCCUUUAAGAGUCGAAAUAUUUAAUUUUCUAACUUUAUUCUCAAAUAAGUAUGGAAAUUUAAUGAUCAUAUCUUCACAGAAACUAUUAAUGCUUAUGAAUGACUUUCCAACAGAGGCUGUAAAGAGAUCAUGAAACUGCGAAAUUAGUUAUUAUUUUAAACAUAUCUUACGAAAAUGGAUGAUUUGGUGGCAUAAUGGAUAUUAUAUUAUGAGGUAUUCAUUUUUAUUCGAAUUCUACUUUUAACCGUAAUCACAUGGCGUUUCGCCUAUCGCUGUAACUGACAUAGACAUCUAGAGCUUCAAACACCCGUG